AUGGCGGGGAAAAUGACGCUGUACAAGCUGGUGGUGCUGGGCGACGGAGGUGUAGGCAAGACAGCCCUGACCAUCCAGCUCUGUCUGAACCACUUCGUCGAGACGUACGACCCUACAAUCGAGGACUCGUACCGCAAGCAGGUCCAGAUCGAUGGUCAGUCGUGCAUGCUCGAGGUCCUCGAUACAGCCGGCCAGGAAGAAUACAUUGCCCUGCGAGACCAAUGGAUACGCGAUGGUGAAGGCUUCGUCCUCGUCUACAGCAUCUCCUCACGGUCAUCUUUCGCGCGCAUACAGCGCUUCCACAGCCAGAUUCAACGCGUCAAGGAGACGGCUAUGGCUGGCUCACCCACCUACCCCGGCUCUCCCAUCAGCGCGUCUGCCCCGGUCUUCGGACAAGCUCCUGUCAUGCUCGUCGGCAAUAAAUGCGAUCGCGUCACCGAGCGCGAGGUUUCCACACAAGAAGGCCAGGCCCUAGCCAAGGACCUGGGCUGUGACUUCGUCGAGGCAUCAGCCAAGAAUUGCGUCAACGUUGAGAAGGCCUUUUUCGACGUAGUUAGGCAGCUCCGCCGACAGCGCCACCAAGGCUCCGGUCGUCACGAGAGGAGCGAAAAGACCCGCGGUCCACGUGUGUCAGGUAACGACCGCGUUCGAGGAAGCGGCGGCGACCGAGGAGGCAGUAAUGGACGACCGGUCAAGCGCAAAGACAAGCCCAAGUGUGUCAUAUUGUGA